AUGAAACCUACCACUGCUGCCAUUGCUGUAGCCGGGUUGCUGUCUGGCGUGACAGCGGCCCCAGGCCCUCAUGGAGAACGGAUUGAGCGAAUUGAUCGAACGGUGUUGGAACGUGCUUUGCCAAAUGCUCCCAAUGGAUAUGUCCCGUCCAACGUCAGUUGUCCUGCGAAUCGCCCGACGGUGCGGAGCGCAUCGUCCGGGCUCUCGCAGAAUGAGACCGCGUGGUUGGAGACCCGACGGGAGAAGACUCAGACUGCCAUGAAGGACUUUUUCAACCAUGUCACUAUUCAGGACUUUGAUGCGGUCCAGUAUCUCGACCGCCAUUCGAGUAACACAUCCAAUCUGCCCACGAUUGGUAUUGCCGUGUCCGGGGGCGGUUAUCGCGCCCUGAUGAACGGUGCCGGAGCCAUCAAGGCGUUUGAUAGCCGAACCGAAAACUCGACGGCAACAGGACAGCUAGGUGGUCUGCUACAGUCGGCGACGUACCUGGCGGGUCUGAGUGGUGGUGGAUGGCUGGUGGGGUCGAUCUAUAUCAACAAUUUCACCACCAUUUCCAACCUGCAGACCGACGAGAAAGGCGCGGUCUGGCAGUUUCAAAACUCGAUUUUUGAGGGCCCGGACGGCGAUAGCAUCCAGAUUCUGGAUUCGGCGACUUACUACAAGCAUAUUUACGAUGCGGUGCAAGACAAAAAGGAUGCGGGAUACGAAACCUCUAUCACCGAUUAUUGGGGUCGCGCGCUCUCUUAUCAAUUAAUCAACGCGACCGAUGGCGGCCCGAGCUAUACGUGGUCGUCCAUUGCUUUGACCGAUUCCUUUAAGCAAGCAGAGAUGCCGAUGCCUCUGCUUGUUGCGGACGGUCGGUAUCCUGAUGAGCUCGUGGUCAGCAGCAACGCUACUGUCUAUGAGUUUAACCCUUGGGAGUUUGGUACGUUUGACCCCACGGUUUACGGGUUUGUGCCGCUGGAGUACGUGGGCUCCAAAUUCAACGGUGGUUCUAUCCCCAGGAAUGAGACCUGUGUGCGCGGUUUCGACAAUGCCGGAUUUGUCAUGGGCACUUCGUCCAGUUUGUUCAACCAGUUCUUCCUGCAGGUUAAUUCCACCUCGCUUCCUGAUUUCCUCAAGGAGGCAUUCUCGGACAUCUUGGCCAAGAUCGGUGAAGAAGAUGAGGACAUUGCGGUCUAUGCACCCAAUCCGUUCUACAACUGGGCCAACGAGAGCUCCCCAGCGGCCCAUCAACAGGAACUCGAUAUGGUGGACGGUGGCGAGGAUCUUCAGAACAUCCCUCUGCAUCCUCUGAUUCAGCCCGAGCGUCACGUCGAUGUCAUUUUUGCGGUAGACUCCUCCGCCGAUACGACUUAUUCGUGGCCCAACGGCACGGCUCUCGUCGCCACUUACGAGCGCAGUCUGAACGUCACCGGCAUCGCCAACGGCACCUCAUUCCCCGCGAUCCCCGACCAAAAUACCUUUGUCAACAAUGGCUUGAACACGCGUCCAACCUUCUUUGGAUGCAACAGCACGAACACCACUGGACCUACGCCCUUGGUGGUCUACCUCCCGAACUACCCGUACGUGGCGUACUCGAACUGGUCGACCUUCCAGCCGAGCUAUGAAAUCUCCGAACGUGACGACACCAUUCGCAACGGAUACGACGUGGUGACGAUGGGUAACAGCACCCGUGACGGUAACUGGACGACUUGCGUCGCCUGUGCCAUUCUGAGUCGGUCGUUCGAACGCACGAACACCCAGGUUCCGGAUGCCUGCAACCAGUGCUUUCAAAAGUACUGCUGGGAUGGCACUACGAACUCCACCAACCCAGCCGACUAUGAGCCCGUCACAUUGUUGGACAGUGCUGGUUCCGUUUUGUCGCCCGCGGUGGUCACGACUAUAAUCGCGGCCAGUGCUGCGCUUUUCACCAUGCUGUGA